GGCCAGUUCGCUCUUCCUACCAAUCUAGCCAGCGAGUCUAGCACGGCCGGCAAGCACGACAACCCACACGCGCACCAGACUCGCACAACAAUGUCCGCAGAAUUCGUGGAAGCCAACGAGAAGUACGCCGCCACGUUCGGCGAAAAGGGCAAGCUACCAAUUCACCCGGCGAAGAAGCUCGCAGUCGUAACGUGCAUGGACGCUCGCCUGGAUCUGUACGCGCAGCUCGGCGUCAAAGAGGGCGACGCCCACAUCAUCCGCAACGCCGGCGGAAUCGCAAAAGACGCCCUGCGUAGCAUCAUCAUCUCGCAGCGCCUGCUCGGCACGCGCGAGAUUGCCAUCAUCCACCACACGUCUUGCGGCAUGCUCUCCUUCCAGACGCCCCAGCUCCGCGCGAUCGUGAAGGAGUCCGACCCCUCGAACCCCGCGCUCCAGGCGGUCGACGAGAUCGACUUCCUGGAGUUCCCGAAUUUGGAGCAGAGCGUGAAGGAAGAUGUGAAGUGGUUGAAGGAAAACCCCCUCGUCCUGCCUGAGACGCAGAUUUCGGGGUGGGUGUAUUCGGUGGAGACCGGGAGGGUUCGCCAAAUCGUUUGAGUCGUCGCAAACGAGAACGAACAAUAUGGCUGCGUCUGUACACCUCCCGCGGACAGCAUCUAACUGAAUCUAU